UUGCGACUGGUUAACAUGAAGGUGUCAUGUGGGUUAGGUGCUUUGGUGGCUUUAGCAGUUUUAGGUUCCACUAUCGCAUCAGUUAACGGUUUGCGUCGAGGCUGUGGUGUGCGCAAAGUGCAUUACAACAAUCUCAUACUUGGUGGACAGAAAGCACCUGCUGGGAAAUGGCCUUGGCAUGCAAUCAUAGUGCAUCGGGCGGGAGAUACCGUGCAGGCCGUAUGCGGAGGUUCAAUUAUCGAUAAGUACACUAUUCUGACUGCGGCUCAUUGUCUCUACACCACCCACGGAGUGAUUGCGCGAAACAGGCUACAGGUGUACGUUGGCCGAACACAACUAUCCGUCAUAGACGACCGGAGUAGAUCGUACUCAGCCGAGCGGUUCAUUGUUCAUACUGGCUACAGUCAGCUGCACGUGCGGGAUGAUAUUGCGCUGAUUAAAGUGACGAAAGAAAUCGACAUGAGUGGCUUCAUUCAGCCGGUGUGUUUGUGGCCGUCGGAACCAAUUUCCGGCACGGAUAUUGUUGGACGGCGUGGUGCUGUCGUUGGGUUUGGAUUAACCGAUGUCGAUAAGCCGUCCGAUGUUAUGCUGGACGCGGAAGUACCGGUCGUAGAUCUGUGGAGCUGUUUGGAAAGCAACCGUGGCGCGUUCGGGACGCAUCUUGCCCGCACAAUGCUCUGUGCCGGUGGACGAGAUGGUGUUGGGCCAUGCAAUGGUGACAGUGGGGGAGGAUUGUUCCUUGAGAUUGGAGGCGUGUGGUACGUCCGUGGCAUUGUGUCAUUUGCUCCCAACUUGGACGGUGUCCCGAAGUGUGAUUCUACCCAGUACACGGUGUUCACGGAUGUGGCAAAGUAUUUAGACUGGAUAGUGGAGGCUGACGGGAAUGGUACUCUGGUGAGUGCGUUGCGAAUAACAAAUAAACCAGUCGCUGCACAGAGCAUGAUAAACUCCGCUGGGUGUGGUAAAGAAUCGGUUCAACUCGUCCGAGAGCGAACGGAUACAAACAGUUUCAUCUUUCCUUGGGCUACGACGAUCGAGUUUGUCGGUAUCGACUACAGGCGACAGAAUGAGUGCCUUGCCUAUUUGAUUACCGAGUGGCAUCUACUAACAUCGGCCACGUGCGUACAAGAAGUGCAGGAAAACGAGCAAGAGAUUUUUGUACGACUUGGAGGCUUUAACAGUUCAGAACUGCCGAAACAACAGAUCCGUUACGUGGAGAAAGUGAUCGUGCACAGCAAAUACAGUAAACAGGGUUAUCAGAAUAACUUAGCUAUCUUAAAACUACGUAAAAAGGCCAUCAUAUACGAUGGCACUGUGAAUCCAAUAUGCUUACCGCAUGGACCUCAUAUUCAAAAUGAUACGGUACUGUCCUUAUUUGGAAGAAAAAAGUUCUUCUCAAACCUAGAAAAUUGGAGGAUUCGUGUAGUGGACAAUGAGUUCUGUCACAAGAAGGUUGUUCUUCCUACAAAAGAGGCAUUUUCAAUAGAUGAUGGCAGUGUUAUUUGUGCGCAAUUAGUGGAGCCUGAAAAGAAUCGCAAUGUCCUAACAAGGCUUCCAGCGCUACUGGACAAGAGUAAAGAGGGCGGUGCAAACUUAUUGAUAGGCUUUCUGUUAGACGAGUCUGUGGAUUUUUCGAACAACGAAACGUUCCUAGAGCUAGUAAAUGUGGGUCAUUAUUAUGAUUGGAUAGUUCAGAAUUUGUAACAAUAACAAUACAGGGUAUUAGUGCCGGAUAUGAUUAAAACAGAGUUAACGUGUUUCCCAGCAUAGCA